GCGGACGCAAAAAACAACGGAGCUUCAAGCUCGGCACAAGCGAGGGUCGGGACUCGGGACACAAACUCGCCACUCGAGAGUGAGUCGAGUCGCACUGCGCGCCAGUCAGCCCGCUCCACUGACGGCAAGCGGUCGCGUAUCACACAACACACAACACACACGCACAACCUGUUGACAACACAUACAUGUUUACAGAUCAUAUAAACACAUUAGUGAAUCGAAAUGCAAUACACGAAUAUUUAAAUUAUUAUAUCCGUACAUGUAUUAUGUCAUAAUGAUAAACGUUAAGACAGUGAAAAUGUGAGUGAUGAAGACGGACGUAGUGAAAUGAUCAAACAGUUGUGAAGUGGACUUGGUAACAGUGGAAGCUAGGAUGACGAUGAAAUCGCUGAAGUACAGCGAGCGGGAGGACAUGAUGGAGGGGUUCAGCCCGGUGCCGCCUCCGCUCCCCCGGCGGCAGCCGGUCAGGAACAUCUAUGCCGAGCCCUUCGUAGAUCCUAGAUUGGGAGGCGCAGCGAUGUCGAGUGGUAUGGGCGGCGGGACCCUCAGCAGCGGGCACUGCCAGCUCGCGAACCAGCCGCUGGUGAUGCCGGUGUUCCCGCUGCGAGCCAGCCAGCCGAGCCCCGUCCCGGUGUACUCGCCGUCUCGGUUCCACAUAGACAAGCGGUGUCAGCACCGAUGCACGUGGAAGUGCCUGGCAAUAUCCAUGAUUUGCCUCUGUGUUAUACUGGCGGCCAUGCUCGCAUACUUUAUAGCGCUAUCGUCAAUUAAAAGUAAUAUAGACAAUUCAAAUUGCAUCCUCGUACAAGAUGUGAAAGCGGUUACACACGCGCAAGGAAUUAGGGAUGCUUUAUCAACUUCUUCACCUUCAGACGAAUCAAUAUCAACAUCAUCACUAGGCGGAUGGUCAACUACAGCAGAGGCAGCACUAGAAUCAGCCAUAAUACCGCAGCAAGCGCAACAAGCAGCGCCACCGCCUUGGUCACCGGCUUUGGAACUGAGGGAAUUCGACGAACUUCACAGCGCAACUAUACCCGCUUACCAGUUUUGGAGUUCAGAAUUCCGAAACAAACAACCCGCCUAUGUUAGCCUUAAUUUUACUGUGCCCUGGGGAGCUAAUUUUGCCGUCUAUGGCAGGCGAAACGUCGCUCCCAGCGUUACUCAGUACGACUUUGUAGAAUUUAUUCGAGGCGGCAGAGUUGAUCACAGACUUAGAAAACGGAGGAGUCCACACAGAGACGCUUCUCACGAAAACACUUUUGUCGACUGGGAAGAGUUACUGAGCACGAUUAGCCCGUUUCACAGAUGGAAUCAUACGAUAAGCAAAAGAUCGACAGAUAUGAGAGUGAACGUCAGUAUAUUACAGUACCUCGACACGGGAAGAUGGUUUAUAUCGAUAUACAAUGACGAACUUCAACCGCAUAACGUAGAGAUGAUUGUGUCGGAAGCUGAGGGUGUUACUAACUCUUGCCCCGAUGACUGUUCUGGUCACGGUUCUUGUUAUCUUGGAAAAUGUGAAUGUAUGGACGGAUACGAAGGCCACGACUGUUCUAAAAGUGUCUGUCCAGUGCUGUGUUCAGGGCACGGAGCGUAUGCGGGUGGUGUUUGUCAUUGUGCCGAAGGUUGGAAGGGCGCCGAAUGCGAUAUUCCUGCUCAUGAUUGCGAACCAGCCGAUUGUUCAGGAAGAGGUCAAUGCUUAGCGGGACACUGUCAUUGUAAAGCUGGCUGGAAAGGACCGAAAUGCGAUGAAGAGGACUGUCUGGACCCGAGCUGCGGUGGCCAUGGAUCGUGCGUGCGCGGGCGAUGCGUAUGCCGUGCGGGCUGGCGUGGCUCAGCCUGCACCGAACGAGAUGCAAGAGUACAGCGAUGUUUACCAGCCUGCUCACAACGAGGAAUAUACGACCUUGAUGCUGGGAGAUGUGUCUGCGAUCCUCUUUAUACAGGCGACGACUGUUCCCAAGUGGUGUGCUCACUGGACUGCGGACCUCACGGUGUGUGCGCGGAGGGAGUUUGCCGAUGCGACGACGGCUGGACAGGGUCUAUGUGCGACCAGCGACCGUGUGACACCAGGUGUCACGACCACGGACAAUGCAAGAACGGAACCUGCGUCUGCACUCAAGGCUGGAACGGCAGGCAUUGUACAUUGCCCGGUUGCCCCAAUGGGUGUUCUCGCCACGGCCAGUGUCUCCUAGAAGACGGAGUGUAUCGAUGCUCUUGCGCUGACGGCUGGGCUGGCACUGACUGUUCGAUCGCUCUCGAAUUAUCCUGCAACGACAACGAAGACAAUGAUGAAGAUGGCAUGACGGACUGCUCGGAUUCGGAAUGCUGCAGUCGGCCCGAAUGUGCCGAACACAUCAUGUGCCUAGCCUCCAACGAUCCUGUAGAGGUGUUGCUACGUAAACAACCACCUUCUGUCACCGCAUCUUUCUACCAAAGAGUUAAGUUCCUGAUAGAAGAAAACUCCGUGCAAAGCUAUGCACAUAUGGACGAAUAUUCAGAGAGCCGUGUAUCGGUGAUGCGGGGACAAGUGGUUUCGCCUCAAGGUCUGGGCAUCAUCGGCAUCAGAGUUUCUGUCGAUCGAGAGGCGCGAUUCGGCUUUACGCUUACUAGACAAGGAGGAUGGUUCGACGUGCUAGUGAAUGGUGGAGGCGCCGUGACGCUGCAGUUCCAGAGAUCGCCGUUCAAACCGCUUAGGAAAACAGUAUUCGUGCCAUGGAAUCAAAUUGUUGUUUUACCGCCUGUCCAAAUGGAUCUUAGCGACGAUAGUGUAAAGGUCCCGACGCCAAGAGCUCCAUCGCGAAUCGAUUGGUCGCCAACUCCGCUAUGGUGGGAGGUAGCGUCGCCGCCAUGCGCGGCUCACGACCACGAACGGCUAAGACCAGAAGUGGUGGCUGUACCUCCUCUAGCAGCCCCUGCUGCCUCAUCUGCUACCACUACUACUGUCGUUUACCCGGAGGCGCAGAUCGUGAGCGAGUCCAUCGGAAUACCAGGAUCUUUGGUAAAACUAACAUAUCGCUCUUCGCAAUCAGCUGGGUAUCUCUCGUGCGUCCACAUUCAGCUUACCCGACGUAUAGUCCCAGCUACCCUAUCAAGGGUACACGUGCGAGUUGAAAUCGAAGGUUCCUUACAAACACAGACGUACGAAGCAGAUCCGGAUUUGACACAUGUAUUCGCUUGGAACAAGAGAAAUGUUUACAAACAAAAAGUUUAUGGCCAAGCACAAGCUAAAAUAUCGAUCGGAUACGAAUACUCAUCGUGCUCGUCAAUCGUGUGGGAGACGCAGACGGCAACGUUAGCGGGCUUUGACGUGGAUAUAUCUGAUAUCGGAGGCUGGGGAUUAGACAUUCAUCAUCACUAUAAUUUCCACGAAGGCAUACUGCAGAAGGGUGACGGAGCUCUACUACAUUUGAAGCAAUAUCCUAGGACAGUGCAGGUUGUCAUGGGUACUGGUCUUCAAAGAUCACUGGAAUGCCCAGAUCAUUGCAAUGGAAAGGCAGCUGAUUCGCGUCUCUUGACUCCCACGGCAUUAACCUCUGGACCAGAUGGAUCUCUUUAUAUCGGAGACUUCAAUCUUGUUCGCCGUAUUACACCCGAAGGUGUUGUCACUACUGUACUUCAACUUGAAACUACACAAGUCGCAUAUCAAUAUUACAUUUGCAUAUCACCAGCGGAUGGCUAUCUCUACAUAUCAGAUUCAGAAAGACAUCAAGUGCGAAAGAUUUUGUCCCUGGAAAAAGUUCGAGAUCCAGCGUUGAACUCAGAACCAGUGGUCGGAAACGGUGAUAGAUGUGUCCCCGGAGACGACUCUAACUGUGGUGAUGAAGGACCUGCUAUCAAAGCGAAAUUGGCUCACCCUAAAGGUCUCGCGAUAGCAGCAGAUAGAACUAUGUAUAUUGCUGAUGGCACUAACAUCAGAGCUGUAGAUCCAAAUGGAAUUAUACAUACUCUAGUCGGACAUCACGGACAUCAUAAUCAUUGGUCACCGGUUCCUUGCCGUGGAGCUAUACCCCCUUACGAGGCUCAAUUGCAAUGGCCUACUGGAGUAGCACUAUCUCCGCUCGAUGGGUCGUUAUACUUUAUUGAUGAUAGAAUUAUACUAAAACUUACCGUCGAUAUGAAAAUUAAAGUGGUGGCUGGUCAACCAUCACAUUGUCGUAUAACUGCUGACGGUAAACCGAUUACUAAAGCGACUAAUCGAACGAAUGCCGAAGCUAAGGAAGAUUCUAGUCUUGGUACAAUAUUAGCCAUUGCUUUUGCGCCAAGUGGAAUUCUAUACGUGGCAGAAUCAGACUCGAAAAAGACGAAUACGAUAAAAUCAAUAGAUCCAUCGGGAAAGAUAACACAUUUCGCUGGCAAACUACAAGAGAACUUAAAAGAACUGAGCUGCGAAUGUAAUAUGUCUAUGUCAGCUACCGUGCUUCCAAUUAACAGUCGGGAUGAAGGCGCAGGAUGUCCAUGUCGAUUAAGCGUCGCUGCAGGAGAUGAACCACCAACAAGCACUGAGACUUUGCUUUCAUCUAAUGCCAAGUUCCAGACUAUCUCUGCUCUUGCCGUCACUCCUGAUGGCGUCCUUAACGUAGUCGACCAAGGUUCUCUUCAUAUAUUAGCAUUAAGACACUAUUUGCCCACACAUGACGAAAAUGGAGAAUUCAGAAUACCAUAUCCACCAACCUCAGAGAUUUAUGUGUUUAAUCGCUACGGACAACACAUCACCACAAAAGAUUUAACAUCUGGAAAAACUAGAUAUUCCUUCUUGUACUCUAAAAACACAAGCUUCGGCAAAUUAUCAACAGUGACUGAUGCAUCUGGAAACAAAAUACAACUUCUCAGGGAUUAUAGCAAUGUCGUCAGCUCAAUCGAAAAUACACAAGACCAUAAACUUGAACUAAAGAUAUCUGGAAUUGGUUAUUUAACGAAAAUAGCUGAAAAGGGCACUUCGGAAAUUGAAUUCGAUUAUGAUCCUAGUACCGGGCUACUUAACAGUCGAUCUGGGGCUGGUGAAACAGUUAUUUACACCUACGAUGAAUUAGGCCGUGUUACAAAAAUUAUUAUGCCUUCUGGCGAACAAGUGCAAAUUACAUCUGGCCUAGCAAAAAAUUAUGGAUUAGCGGUAACUGUCUCAAAUCCAUCCAGUUCCAUUCCAGUGGGUGUAGCAAAGAAAUGUGAAUACGUUCUUCACGGCCAAUCAUUUAAACAAAUAACAAUAAAUAAUGGAAAACAGGUGACUGAAGGUCGUAUCUAUACUAAUAACACGUUGAUGUUAGAAACACCGUGGACAGGAAAGUUCGAAAGCAUUGCCGCUGCUAAACACCCAUUAUUGGAGGCCGCACUACCUAUUGAAGCUGAAAUGCUUCAUAUGUGGUCACAUCAAACAACUACUUUCGGAGAUGGACUUAUAAAUAACAUGUAUUCUUUGUAUACUUUGGUCGGUGACGUAAGAAAUCCACAACAAACAUUAAACCGCGAGAUAUGGGUCAACGAUUCUAGAGUACUUAUUAUUGAAUUUGACCAAUUUAAAAGCAAAGAAACGUUCUUCAAUGCCGAAAGAAUACCUCUAUUCACUAUUUCAUAUGAUGUCGCCGGGUUGCCUCUAUCUUUCAAUCCUCACGGUGCCGGAGUACCUCUAAACAUUUCCUAUGAUCGGUUCUACAGAAUAAAUGGAUGGAAAUGGGGUGAUACGGAAGAAACUUAUAAUUACGAUCCACACGGUAUGUUAUCGGAGAUAACGAGUCCUCAAGAUGGAACAAAAUUCAUUUAUUACAACGAAGGAAACAUGGUUUCGAAAAUUACUUUAGCAAGCCAAAGAAGCUUUAAAUAUUUAUAUGAUGGAGAUGGUGGACUUACGCACGUGAUACUGCCUUCUGGUACGAACCAUUCAUUUAGCGUUCAGCCGUCCAUCGGGUUUUUGAGAGUAACAUAUGCACCACCCGGAUCAUCGAAAAAAUAUUUACAACAUUAUUCCCAUACCGGGGAACUAUUACAAACUGUAUUCCCUGGUGACGGUGCAAGAGUAGUGUAUCGGUACUUCACAACUAAUAAAGUCUCAGAAGUAGUCCAUGGGGAUGGGCAAACUCAAAUCCAUUAUUCAGAAACAAGUGGACUUCCUUCCGAAAUAUUGCACGUCGAUCGUGAUGUUGAUUACCGAUGGGAGUCUACCUAUGUGGGUGGACUGCUCAUGGAAGAGAGACUUGACUAUGGGGCCAAAACAGGUUUAAGUAACGCAAAAAUAAUUUAUGAAUACGAUAACAACUACAGAAUAACAGCAGUCCAAGGGCGAAUAGGUGGUCAAACUCUUAUACCACAUCACAUUAUAUACAACAGCAAAACAGGUGCUCCAGAAAUCCUCGGACAAUUUACAGUAUCUAAACAGAAGUGGAACGAAACUUCGGUAUAUGAUGGAAUCGCUAUGUUUUCACGUGUCUUGAAUGACCAAUUUUUGGAAAAAGAAGUGACUGUAAAUAUCCAUCGAAUGGAAGUCUUUAGAAUGGAAUUCUCGUAUGACAGGCAUGGAAGAAUAUCCCAAACAAGGACACAUACGAGAAACGUAGGUGUUAAUACCUACACCAAUGUUAAGAACUAUACGUGGGACUGUGACGGUCAGUUGACAGGAGUUGAAGCUCAGGAACCAUGGGGUUUCAGAUACGAUGACAAUGGCAAUAUGCUAUCUCUAACAUAUCGAGGAAAUACUAUACCGAUGGAGUAUAACGACAUGGAUCGUAUUAUAAAAUUUGGCGAAGGACAGUAUAGAUAUGACAGCCGAGGUCUUGUAUCCCAAAACGCUCGAGAGGAGAGGUUCCAGUAUAAUUCUAAAGGAUUGCUGAUCAGAGCCAUGAAAAGAGGAAGAUUUGAUGUUCGCUACUACUACGAUCAUCUUGAUAGAUUAUCGACACGGAAAGACAAUUUUGGUAACGUCACUCAAUUCUUUUACACAAAUAAGGAAAAGCCUCAUGAAGUCAGUCAUAUAUAUUCACCUAGAGAAAAUAGAUUCAUGACUUUGGUCUACGACGAUAGAGGACAUUUAAUAUACACCCAGGUCGCACGACAUAAAUAUUACAUAGCUACUGAUCAAUGUGGAACGCCUGUAAUGAUUUUCAACCAGUACGGCGAAGGCAUUCGGGAAAUCAUGAGAUCUCCGUAUGGUCACAUCGUCUACGAUUCGAAUCCUUAUUUAUACUUGCCUGUAGACUUCUGUGGAGGGCUUUUAGACCAAGUAACAUCUUUAGUACAUAUGGCAAAUGGAAAAGUAUAUGACCCACUUAUUGGACAAUGGAUGUCACCACUUUGGGAGAAUUUAAUUGAAAGAAUCCACAGCCCCACACAACUACAUUUAUACAGAUUUAAUGGCAAUGAUCCAAUUAACGUAAGACCGCAAAAUAAAAAACCAACAGACCAUUUAUCUUGGCUAAAAUUAUUGGGUUACGACACAAAAAGCUUGGCACCGCAACUCUACCCCGACGAACUACCCGGUGGAUCAGUCUUGCCCAGCAUACCCCGCGGGCGUUCUGUCUGGGGUAUAGCACCUACGGACGUUGGACCUGGCCUGCCUUCAGCUAUGUCCUUACUUCCAAGCGUCACUAUCGAAUCCGGCUUCCUGUCUCACAUGUCGAACAAACGCAUAGCUGACUUCAGAAGCCUUUCAAUUCCAGCUAUGUCCGCAUUAAAGACGGAUGGUCUUAAUUUAGCGCCGAAACGCUUAGGCUCGGAUUCAGAACCUCCUUUCGGCCGCGGUAUAUUAGUGUCUCGAAAUUCCCGAGGCCGCGCAGUAGUAACUGCCGUGCCAUCUGCGAACGCUAUCUAUCGCGACGUCUACACAUCAGUAUUUAACAGAUCUCAUCUGCUGCCAUUCUCAUUCGUUGUCCAUGGAGAUCAACAAGAUGUCUUCUAUUUCGUUAAAGAAGAAACUUGGCGCGCUGCCGAUGACAAACAACAACUGAAACGUAUGCAGGGCAAGCUGAAUGUUACUUUCCACGAAGUGGCAGAAGGCGGACGUUCAUAUGCAGACGUAAAAAUUCAUGGCCAGACGAGUAUUGUGAAUUUGCGAUACGGAACUAGCGCGGAGCGUGAACGCCAGCGGCUGCUUCACCAUGCGCGCGCAGCUGCAGUGCGCAAAGCGUGGCAUCGCGAACGCGAAACUCUGCGCAGCGGUCUCGGCGGAUCCCUCGACUGGUCAGCUGCGGAGCUGGACGAGAUACAGAAAGCAGGCUCGGUGGCCGGGUACGAGGGAGAGUACGUGCACGACGUGGCGCGGUACCCGGAGCUGGCCGAGGACCCGUACAACGUGCGCUUCGUGAAGAAGCGGACGGACCGCGCGGAGCGGCGGCGACGGAAGCGCGAGGACUGCCGCGCGCCCUGGUGGCUCGCCUGGGACGACGUCUGCUAGUGACGUGCCGCCAUCCAUAUGCCAAAUAACGUGUGUGAAUGUGAUCUCGACGCGAGAGCGAACGAUGAUGGAUGUCCGUGUGAGUGUUCGUGAAAAUAUAUUUUGUAAAUAGUCUCUAUUAAUUGUUAAUUGUUGAUGUAUGUAUGUAGUCAUGGAUCCCUAUCGCUGUGUAAAUAAUAAUAUUUAAUUUGCGGGGAGAGAAUGGACCUUUUGAGAGGACUGAUAUAAAAAUAAAUGUAAUGUAUGUAUGUAUAAAUAAGACGAUUUAUGUGAAUAUAAAAUUAUUUAUACUUAUUUAUCGGUAAAAAAGCUUCGAUUGUGUCCAAUGUUCUUAUAAAUUUAGAUGAAGACUAUUUGAAAAAAAUAAAAAGGCAUACUUUUUUAACCAAAUCAA